UUUUUAGCACUUUGUCCAUUUUGCUCAAUGGGUUGUGCAGAGAUACUGGAGAAAUUGCUGGAAACAGUUUGCGGUAAACAGCGCGAUGUUCCAGUAGAAAGCGAUACCAUUAAGAUCAAGGGAACAGUUGUAUUGAUGAAGAAGAAUGUUUUGAACUUUAAGGAUGCUGGUUCUGCCUUCCUUGAUCGAAUGCACGAGCUCUUUGGUAAACGCGUUACCAUACAGCUCGUUAGUGCUGAACAUGCUGAUCCUGAAAAUGGAUCAAAAGGGAAGUUGGGAAAGCCAGCAAUUUUGGAAUGGGCAUCCUCCAAGACUUGGAUAUCAGUGGAAGAAGCAGCAUUCAAUAUUACAUUUGACUGGGAUGAGUCAUUAGGAGUUCCUGGUGCUUUCAUUGUAAAGAACAAUCAUCACAGCCAGUUUUACCUGAAGACUCUCACUUUACAUGAUGUUCCUGGAGAUGGUGAAGUUCAUUUUGUCUGCAAUUCGUGGGUGUAUCCUCCACAUCGUUACAACUAUGAUCGAGUGUUUUUCAGCAACAAGACAUACCUGCCAUGCAACACACCAGAACCCCUUGUGGCAUACAGAAAUGAGGAGCUCGUUAAUCUUCGAGGUACAGGUUCAGGUAUGCUCAAGGAAUGGGACAGAGUUUAUGACUAUGCUGUCUACAAUGAUUUAGGAUAUGAUCGACCUGUGCUUGGUCGAUCUAAGGAUUAUCCAUACCCUCGUAGAGGCAGAACAAGUCGUCCACCGACUAAAAGAGAUUCUAGCUUAGAGAAACGGUUGCCACGUUUGAGUUUGAACAUUUAUGUUCCGCGAGAUGAACUUUUCAACCAUGUGAAGUUUAAUGAUUUCCUUACAUAUAGUGCCACAUCAAUAAUUCGGGUUGUAAUCCCACAGACCGCGUCUGUGUUAGCUAGACCUUUCAACGAGUUCAAAAGCUUCGAACGUGUACUAGAAUUCUAUAAAGAUAGUGAUGAGGAAAGGUCCAGGGAAUGUCUGCCAUGGAAAAUACUCAAAGGGCAAUUUCAUAAAUAUCCAAUUCCUCAUGUAAUUGAAGAAGAUAACUCAGCAUGGAGGUCAGAUGAAGAGUUUGGACGUGAAAUGCUGGCUGGCGUUAACCCUGUGAUUAUCCAGCGUCUACAGGAAUUUCCACCCACAAGCAAGCUAAAUCCUGAAGUAUAUGGAAACCACACCAGUAAAAUAACAAGGGAUCAGAUUGAGAAAUACAUGGAUGGACUAACUGUGGAUGAUGCAAUAAAGAAUGACAGGCUAUUCAUCUUAAAUUAUCAUGACCUACUUAUGCCUUAUAUUACUCGGAUUAACUCAACAACCACAAAGAUCUAUGCUAGUCGGACCAUCCUUUUACUCCAAGACGAUGGAACAUUGAAGCCACUUGCGAUUGAACUGAGCUUACCACAUCCACAAGGAGAUAAACAUGGUUCCACCAGUCAAGUAUUUAGCCCAAGUAAUGAUGAGAGUGUCGAAGGCUAUGUCUGGCAUCUGGCCAAAGCUUAUGUUGCUGUAAAUGACUCUGGAUAUCAUCAGCUCAUCAGUCACUGGCUGAACACACAUGCAGUGAUAGAGCCAUUCAUUAUAGCAGCAAACAGACAAUUGAGUGUGGUUCAUCCAAUCUAUAAGCUUCUACAACCCCACUUCCGUGAUACAUUGUACGUCAAUGGUUUGGCUAGGCAGAUCCUCAUUAAUGCAGGUGGAAUACUUGAAUCGACCGUAUUCCCAUCCAAGUAUGCCAUGGAAAUGUCUUCUGUCAUCUAUAAGAAUUGGGUGUUCACUGAACAGGCACUCCCUGCAGAUCUACUUAAAAGAGGAGUUGCAGUGCCAGACUCAAGCCAGCCUAAUGGCCUUAGACUCCUGAUAAAGGAUUAUCCUUUCGCGGUUGAUGGACUUGAGAUUUGGUCAGCAAUUGAAGCCUGGGUUGACGAAUACUGUUCCUUCUAUUACUCAACUGAUGACAUGAUCCGUGACGACACUGAACUCCAGUCCUGGUGGAUGGAAGUUCGCAAUGAAGGUCACGGUGACUUGAAAGAUGAAUCAUGGUGGCCUCAAAUGCAGACACGAGCUGAACUCAUCGAAACGUGUACAAUUAUCAUAUGGGUGGCUUCUGCUCUUCAUGCAGCUGUCAACUUUGGGCAAUAUCCUUAUGCUGGUUACCUCCCAAAUCGUCCAACAGUAAGUCGAAGAUUCAUGCCUGAGCGAGGCACCCCUGAGUAUGCUGAGCUCGAGUCAAACCAUGAACGCGCCUACCUAAAGACAAUCACAGCUCAGUUACAAACUCUUAUGGGCAUCUCAUUGAUAGAGAUGUUAUCUAUGCAUUCUGCAGAUGAGAUUUAUCUCGGGCAACGAGACACUCCUGAAUGGACUUGUGAUCGACAACCACGACAAGCAUUGCAGAGAUUCAGUGACAAGUUGGUUGAAAUCGAAAACAGAAUAAUGAAUAGGAACAAUGACAAUACAUUGAAGAACAGAAAUGGACCUGUAAAAUUGCCUUAUACAUUACUAUAUCCAAAUGCCACAGGUGACAAGAGUGCAACAGGACUUACUGGCAAGGGAAUUCCCAAUAGUGUCUCAAUAUGAAAGUUACAUGACA